AUGACAGGGCGCAGCCCCUCGACUUCGCCCUCGAAGAAGCAUUCGAACAGCGACAAGAUCAACUUCUUUGUUCGCGGUAGCAACGAUGCCUCUCCCUCACGGGGGGUCAAACGCCAACGCACGGCUUCUUUGGACGACAUAACUCCUUCCGAGAUAGCCUCGAGAGUCAUCAUUGCCCUCGAUUUGGACGCUUUCUACGUCUCUGCUUGUCGAAAGCGAGACCCAUCCCUCAUUGGCAUCCCCAUCGGAAUCCAACAAAAGGCCCUGGUUGCUACCAUCAGCUAUGAAGCGCGCGCAGCAGGCGUUGGCAAGCUCGACAGCAUCAAGGAUGCGCUCAAAAAGUGUCCUGAUAUGGUGCUGGUCAAUGGCGAGGACCUCACCUACUUUCGGCAGGUCUCGAGUCAGGUGUGGAGACUGGUGAGGUCCAUCGUCUGGCAGAAACGAGUCGAAAAGCUGGGCAUGGACGAGCUCUUUUGCGAUGUCACCGAGAUGGUCGAUCACCAUCUUUCGACGGUCUCAAAAGCCAAGGACGGUACAAGAUGGUUCGAUCUCAACGCACCUGAUCAGAACGAGAAGGUCGAAGGGUACGGAUUUGACUUUCCGACGUCGCCUGCCGAACCUGCUGGACACACACAUCCCAGCGACGCUGCAGAGCACUUGGCGCACAAUCGACCAGAUGGGUGGCAGGAACGAAUGCUGAUAGCUGCGAGACUAGCAUACUACAUACGACAGAGAAUCUCCGACGAGGUGGGCCUGACUUGCUCAGCAGGCAUUGCUCCAAGCAAGUCGCUCGCCAAGCUGGUGGGUGCGCUCAACAAGCCCAAUCAACAAACGGCAUUCUGUCCCCCGGUCGCGAGCCUCGCGUCUAGCCCGUACAAUGGUGCAAGGUCUGUGGAAGCAAAUCUGCUCCAACACAUUCAUGCCUUUCAGGAUCCUCUGGAUCUUCGCAAGCUGCCUGGGUUCGGCCGCGUAGUCGUCGACAAGAUUCGAGAUCAUCUCACUCCGCACCCUAACGCUCCUUCAAAGCAGGGCAACGGACGAGCGCGCAUCAAUUUCAUGGAUCCUACGAGUGUAUCGGAUGACGAGGAGGAGAAGGUCAAAGUUAAAGUGACGGCUGGCACUGCGAGGAAGAUGCUUUCCCUUGAGCAGCUGGGGGAGCUAUUUGGUGAGGUGAUCGGACCCAGACUAUGGGCGCUAGUCAGCGGUCGCGAUGUGGAACCGGUCAUUCCAGCACCGGACUUUCCUCUCCAGCUGUCCAUCGAAGACACGUAUCCGUAUCCGAGCCUGCGUGGGGCAGCGAUCCAUGCCGAGAUCCGCCGCCUAUCUCUGUCCCUGCUUCGGAGGCUGGAGCUCGAACUCACGACGCAGGCUGCAGAACCGGCAAAGCAGCCACAGCCGCUCAGUCAGGAGACUGUGAUCAAGAACGAGGCGGUGACCAUCCGAGACUACCAGGACGAGCAGCCGCCACCGUCGGCGAUGGGAAGAGCGACGUGGCUACGAUAUCCGAUGAAGGUGCGCCUCAGCGUCCGUCAAGGCUGGAGCAACCGGGUGUCGAAGCAGACCAAGAUGCCCGUCGAGAUCUUCGAGUUGGAACAUCCGAGGGACAUUCGAGCGGGAGCCAUCGAGAAGGCAUGCAGAGGUCUGCUGCGGGCGUUGAUCGGGGGCGACGAUGUGGUGGGCGACGGAAUGAACCUCAUCAACAUUGCUGCGCUGGACUUGAGCGACAAGAGACCGCAACGAGCGCUCGGAAGCUUCUUCGCACCGAGCACAGCGGUGGAAGUCAAGACACGACAGGGAGAGCCGACCCAAGCAGCAAAGAUCGACGAGGGCUUCCUGGCUAGCUUGGCUCCCGAGCUCAGGGAGGAGAUUGCAAGGGAGUACGGGAUCGAUGUUGCCACGACAUCCCUUCGCAUCGACACCGUCAAAGACCAGAAAGCCUCCGAUGUCGCCAGCUUCGAUGCUGCGGAGAAGCCCUCGAUCAAAGGCAAAGGCAAAGCCGCGCUCGAGCCAGGCCCGAUUUGCCCCACGUGCGGCGAAGAGAUGCAGGUCUGGAUGCAGCACGAUCACGAAUCGUAUCCCUUCUCGGGUGUUCCGGUCGACGCUCUACGUUCCAGUACUCCUGAUAGCUUCGACGAAGAAAUUACAAACGAGCAAGACGAAGGUGAUAUAGACCUCAUUCCCUGCGAGCUGUGCGGCGAACAGCUGAAGCCGUUCAUGCUCGUCGCCCACCACCGCUUUCACGAGUUGCAGAGCUGA